CAUUCAAUCAGUCGGCGUCUCCCCCACCAGGGCACCUCGGAGUCGACACCCAGGCUUGUUCUGCUGCUUAUCAGCGACCCUCUCCUAACAAAUAUCACUGCUUGGGUCCAAGUCAAACAACACAAUUGUACGGGCGCUGGACGAGGAGGAGGGGAGGUGGGAAGCAAUUGUAUAAAGUCAAAGGGCUGCACAUGUGGGACCACACUGACAGAGACACUCCAAACUCACGCCUCUGCGCUCAUGCGCGUCUCUGAGGACGAUCACUGAACAGCAUUUUGCGAAGGAGGGAAACACUUGGAUGAUUAUUGUUUCCACUUCUGGAGGAUUAUUAUUAACUUGCGCAAUGUUUUGUCUUAUAAGAGUUUGGAAAAUGGAUAUACUCGUUGUGAUUUCCGUGUUAUCAGUGAUGUUCUCCUGGAUUUUGUGCACAGCCUUGUCUGCGGGUGAGGCACCCACUGCCUCCACAGUCACCCAGGGGCGCCAUGUGCGGACGAAACGCUGCUCCUGCGCCACUUUUCUGGAUAAGGAGUGCGUCUACUUCUGCCACCUAGACAUCAUAUGGGUCAACACACCUGAGCGCGUGGUCUCCUACGGACUGGGCGACGCGCCCAGGACGAGGCGCGCGGUCGCGGACUCCAUGGCAACCAGGAGCGGCCCUCGCUGUCAGUGUGCCCGUGACAACGACAACACCUGUAGAACCUUCUGCCGCCCCAGGUAUGAGCCAUGGCCGCAUUCCGCCGAAGGCGACGGUUGCACUGAGCCGCAGUGCAAACACAAGCUGGCAGCUCACAGGGGCAGGAUUAAUAGGAUGAAAGGCAGCAACAAGAAACGAGUGUCACCUCUAGUGCUCAGGGCUGCGUCCAAAACCGGCCUGGUGCUCAAGAACUGGAGGGGGGAAAAGGUUUCCUUCUCUAAAGCCAUCUACUGGGGGGAGCCCUGUGCAGCAGCCUCUCAGAAAGGCACCGGAGAGCCAUCUUAAGGCCUGCAGACUAACUCCACGUUGGCUUCACGGCUGCAGUGCCUGCAGCAGAGCGGAGGUGCACCUCAAACAGAUUAACCGGGUCAGAGACAGUAACGGGAGUUCAGGUGACAGGAGAUAAGCUGAACAAAGAACUUGGCCCUGGUCUGCAAAAUCAUGGACACUCACUGAUCUUUUCCAACAUCACAGUCAGAAUCAGUCGUUGGACUCUAAAAACACCAAGCAUGCAUUUCAUAAACGUGACUGGAGGAAUUAAUAGGAAUCCUCCUGAAACCAAAAACCAUUGCUCUAUACGGAAGAGUUAGUUCCACUUCUUAUAUCUCAAAGCUUCAUUAUUUUUCUCACACACAAGUUGCAAACAGAUUGUUAUGCUUAUACAGAAGGGACGGGUGCCGUGUGUCACUGCUUUACACAAGACUGAAACUGUUCACUGCAUUUAUGUUACAGGUCGUCUCCUGUAUGUUAGGACACAAGUAGUUAUGUUCAGAAGCUGCUGGAAGUUUUUCUUACUGAUGUUAUAAGACAGAGUUUUUUUGCAUUUAUCAUAAUUUAUGAUUUCGCUAAAUAUGUUAUGAGGUUGUGUUAUAUUUUGAUUAUUUAUUGUUUUUACAUAUUGUCAUUUGAUGGCCGCAUUGGUCCGUCAUGUAUGGUUUGUCAUUUCGAUGAAAUGCUUCAUCACCAAAGUGCCAAAUUGUGGUCAAACUUUAAUAAAUUUUUUAU